UGGGACGAGCUGUCCACUCCCGCGCGCGGCUCACCUGGAUACGCUUCCGGAUCCGGCGGAUCCACGCCAUCAGGCUCGUCCCCAUUCUCAACCGUAUCAUCUUCUUCACUCCACUUGAAUCUUACUGACGAUGAUCACGACUUCGAUCUAUUCAAUCUUACUGUUGGAUUCGAUCAUAUAGCACAGGAUCUGGCCAAAACACUGGAAUUGUGGUGA